ACCACUGCCAGUGACCACACCACCUACAUAUCAUCAACAACAUCACUUCUCAAAGGAAGCACCAAUCACCAAGAUGGGACAACCAAUCAAAUCGUCAUCAAAUCAAACUAUCAGCAUCAUCGAUAACCGAACUGGAAAAUCGAUCGAAGUACCAAUUGAAAACAAUUCAAUCCCAGCCACUGCUUUGAAAAAACUAUCCAUCAAAUUUAACCCUAAUUCAAAACAAUCUAAUCGUCCUGAAGAUGAAUUAGAAGCUGGUUUAAGAGUUUUUGAUCCUGGAUUCAUGAAUACCGCUGUCAUCAAGAGUCAAAUCACUUAUAUCAAUGGAACAGCCGGAGAACUUCGUUAUAGAGGUUAUCCAAUCGAACAACUAGCAGAAAAAAGUUCAUAUUUAGAAGUUUCUUAUCUUUUAUUAUAUGGACAAUUACCAACCCAAGAUCAAUUUAAAUAUUUUGAAAAAGAAGUCAUGCGUCAUACGUAUGUUCAUGUAGACUUAGAACAAAUCGUUGGUGCUUUUAGAUAUGAUGCGCAUCCCAUGGCGAUUUUGAUUUCAUCGUUCGCAGCAUUAGGUGCCUUUGCGCCAGAAGCCAAUCCAUCACUUCAAGGUCAAACACUUUAUACUAAACAAGACUUACAUUCACAAAUGGUAAUGGAUAAACAGAUUUUUAGACUUUUGGGUAAAUCGAUUUCUUUAGCUGCAAUGGCAUAUCGAAUUCGAAUGGGUAGAGGUUUUAAUAGACCACCGGUUGGUAGAUCUUAUACCGAAACGUUUUUGUAUAUGUUGGAUUAUCUUAAUGAAGGUGAAGGAUAUCGUCCUAACCCUGUGAUUGCGAAGGCUCUUGAUGUACUUUUCAUCUUGCAUGCCGAUCAUGAACUCAAUGCAGGUACAGCGACGGUCUUGCAGACCGGUAGUACACUAGUCGAUCCCUAUAGUGCAGUAGCAGCAGCGACUGCAGCACUCUAUGGACCACUUCAUGGUGGAGCCAAUGAAGCAGUCAUCAGGAUGUUAAUCAAGAUUGGUUCACCAGAAGGUGUACCGGAUUUCAUUGCUAAAGUGAAAACUAAGGAAGAAGUUUUGAGUGGCUUUGGACAUCGGGUUUAUAAGACUUCGGAUCCUAGAUCGUUUAUUAUUCGCAAAACGGCUGAUGAGGUUUUUGCGAUUACUGGAAAGGAUAAGUUGUUGGAUACUGCGAUUGCUUUACAUGAGUUUGCGAUGAAAGAUGAAUACUUUCAAUCGAGAAACCUUUACCCUAAUGUUGAUUUCUGGAGUGGAUUGAUUUAUAGAGCCUUAGGUUUUCCAACCGAUUUUUAUCCAGUUUUAUUUGCAGUACCAAGAGUAGUAGGAUGGUUAGCACAUUGGAGACAAAUGCAACAUCAAAAAGGAGGCGUAAAAAUAUGGAGACCUAGACAAGUUUAUGUUGGUGAAGGAAUUCGAGAUUAUGUUGAGAUUGAAGAUCGAACAACCGGAAAAGGUGGUGAAGAACCAAGUAGGGUUGAACACAUUUUCUCUGGUAGACAUUUUUUAGCUACUUGGGAAGGGAAAGGUAAAAGUAAAUUGUAAGGAGGAUAAUGUAGAUUUUAAAGAGUUCCAAAGGGACGGGGGUCUAAUAGCGGGUUUUUACGGUCUUAACAAUUUUGAUGAUUGUGAAUUUGAGUGAACAAAAGUGAGUAUACAUAGUUGAGGUGGGUUUGGAAGUGUUUUAAAUGUUGUCUGUUUAUUAGAUGUUUGAGUAUUAAGCAAAAAAAUGAGUUAUGUCGUUAU